CUGAAAGGCAAGAUGAAGGAGUGUGAUCUCUUUUCUAUGAUUUGAUGAUAUUACAGAACAAAAUGGAAGUAGCUGUGAUACACUUCAUCAUCCUGGGAGUCCUCUCCGGUUUAACUGAAGGAGCUGGUGUGCUGCCAGACCGUCUGAACGCAGCUGUGGGAGGGAAAGUGAUGUUCACCACAACACUGACUCCAGGAACAACUUUUCUAUCAGUGAACUGGAAAUUUGGUGCUAAAGAUAUAUUUACUUGGAAUGUUAACAACUUCCCUGCACCAGGGUAUGAAGACAGGAUCACCUUCUUCUUGUCUACUGGAUCUCUGGAGCUCAGGAACCUGGCUCUAACUGACAGUGGAGAAUACUCAGUUACCAUUGUACCACCAGGAGAACGACCACAGCCAGGGAUCACAAGACUGGACGUAUACGAGCCAGUCUCCAAUGUAACGGUAACCUCCAGCAGCACAGAGCUGGUGGAGUUCAGCUCUGUCAGUCUGUCCUGCUCCUCCUCUGGAUCCUCUCUCUCUUUCCUCUGGCUGAACAGCAGCUCUGAGGUUACAGGAAGUGACAGAGUUCAGAUCACUGAUGGAGGAUCCACUCUAACUAUAAUUAAUGUGACCCGCUACGACCAGGGACCAUUCAGGUGUCGUGUUUCUAAUCCUGUCAGUGAGGGAACCAGUGAUCCAGUAACCCUCACCAUCUACUCACCAGUUACCAAUGUUGUGGUAACUUCAGAACCAACAGAGCUGGUGGAGUUCAGCUCCGUCAGUCUGUCCUGCUCCUCCUCUGGAUCUUCUCUCUCUUUCCUCUGGCUGAACAGCAGCUCUGAGGUUACAGGAAGUGACAGAGUUCAGAUCACUGAUGGAGGAUUCACUUUAACUAUAGUUAAUGUGACGCGCUACGACCAGGGACCAUUCAGGUGUCGUGUUUCUAAUCCUGUCAGUGAGGGAACCAGUGAUCCAGUAAACCUCACCAUCUACUCACCAGUCUCCAAUGUAACGGUAACCUCCAGCAGCACAGAGCUGGUGGAGUUCAACAGCUCCGUCAGUCUGUCCUGCUCCUCCUCUGGAUCCCCUCUCUCUUUCCUCUGGCUGAACAGCAGCUCUGAGGUUACAGGAAGUGACAGAGUUCAGAUCACUGAUGGAGGAUCCACUUUAACUAUAGUUAAUGUGAUGCGCUACGACCAGGGACCAUUCAGGUGUCGUGUUUCUAAUCCUGUCAGUGAGGGAACCAGUGAUCCAGUAACCCUCACCAUCUACUAUGGCCCAGAAAAUACUAUUUUGACAAUAUCUCCGCCCAAAGAACACCAUCAGGAAGGAUCAGACAUCAGCCUGUCCUGCUCAGCUGACUCCAAACCUUCUGCUGCUUUCAAGUGGUUUCUGAAUGGAGACCUGCUGUCUGAUGGACCAGAGCUCAGUCUGAUGAACGUUCAGAUGAAUCAAAGUGGAAGCUACAGCUGUCAGGCCUUCAACGAGAAAACUCUGAGAUAUGAGACGUCUACGCCUUCAUCCAUCUCUGUACUGAAGAAAGUAUCCGGCGCUUCUGUCACAUCUCCAUCAAACCUGCCGAUUGAGGGGAACUCUUUCAGAUUAAUCUGUGACGCUGCUGGCUCUGUCUUUACCAGAGAGUGGAGAAAGGGAGGCUUAGAUCUGACUCCGACUGUAAACAUGACCCUCACCAACAACAGCAGAGAGCUGUCUUUUAGCAGUCUGAGUAAAGACGACACAGGAGAUUAUUCCUGUAUUAUCAGCAACCCCCUCAGCAGCGAGGAAGCAAACUACUCCAUGAUAGUUAACUCACCACCAGGCUGUUCGGGUGGUUGCAUCGCUGGAAUAGUAAUCGCUGUUUUAGUCGUCAUUGGAGCUGUCGGUGGAGGGUACUACGUUUAUAACACAAAAAAACAACAACAAAGCAGUAACACAAUCAGAAACAACAACAAAGCUGAACCACAAUCUGAUAUUAAAGAACUAGAAGAGGCUGUGUAUGUGAACACUUCAGCGAUAUACGAGAGUGUAUAGACUCAGCCGUCUUCUUUGUGCUAAAGGCCGUUCAGAGGAAGAAGAGCUUCACAACAUAAAGACAAAGCGGCUCUGAAAUGUUAUCACAUUAUUAUUUUAAAUGCUUUUUCUAAUGUGUCAGCAAACACUACAUUUAUAGUGCAGUAAUACCAUGAAUUUCACAUUUUAAAGGUCAGCUAUUAUGCAAAAUCCUCUUCUUCAUGUCUCUUCUACAUCAACAUCUGUCCCCUCUUCUUCAUGUCUCUUCUACAUCAACAUGUGUCCCCUCUUCUUCAUGUCUCUUCUACAUCAACAUGUGU